AUGCAGCUUCCACCCCUGAGGCUCCUCUGUCUGUGGCUGUGCAGCGAGGCCGUGGCGAGUCAGCUCCACGGGCACAAAACAAAGGCGACUCUCAGUCGUCAUUAUGAAUCCACCACCGCGGACAGGAAUGCGCAGAGCCGGGCAUGGCGCACUGUGAGCGCGGUGCGCAGUGGGGGAGCGCGCGGUGCGAGUGCGCAGGUUUCGUGGCUGGAGACGGUGAACAGGUCGUUCUCUGAGCUCCGGCGCACCGAGGUGCCCCGGAGCUCUGUGCGUAAAAGUGACCGGCGGAAUGGAGUCCGACCUGAACCCAGAGAGGAAGCUUUACGCGCGGAUGGAAACCAAAUCGGUGGACCGCGGAGAGGUGAAUGCAAGUCAGGAGAACUUGAGAAACAAACUCGGCAUGGACUCAUCUGCAUCCCGGCGAGUAGCGGACCCAACCCGCGGCCGAGGCGCAGCGCCGACCCGGGCAGUGAGGAGCCGAGCGAGCCCGGAGCUCUGCCCGUGGCCAUGGCGCAGGAGCAGGAGGCCGAGGCGCCUUUUGGACUCAACACCAGCGACUAUGAGGAGGAAGAGUACUCUCUGCCGGACAUUCCAGACCCCACGCCAUUCGUGCCGGUGAACCCGCGGACCAGGCGCAAGCAGGUGAGGAACCCGUUCUUCCCGGUCACCGCGGAGUCCUACGGCGCGUACGUGGUCGUGAUCCUCGCCGUGGUGAUCUUCAGCGUGGGGGUCAUCGGGAACGUGUCGGUCAUGUGCAUCGUGUGCCACAACUACUACAUGAGGAGCAUCUCCAACUCGCUGCUGGCCAACCUGGCGCUGUGGGACUUCGUCAUCAUCUUCUUCUGCCUGCCGCUCGUGGUGUUUCACGAGCUCACCAAGAACUGGCUGCUGGGAGAGUUCUCGUGCAGGAUCAUCCCGUACCUGGAGGUGGCAUCUCUCGGGGUCACGACCUUCACGCUGUGCGCCCUGUGCAUCGAUCGGUUCCGAGCCGCCACCAAUGUGCAGAUGUACUAUGAGAUGAUUGAGAACUGGGCGUCCACCACAGCCAAGCUCGCUGUCAUAUGGGUGGGCGCUCUGCUGCUGGCUUUACCCGAGCUGCUAAUUCGUCAGCUUGUCACUGAGGACGGCGAUCCUCCCGGCGUGACACCGUGCGAGCGCUGCGUGGUCCGAAUCUCCACCGAGCUCCCAGACACACUCUACGUCCUGGGUCUCACCUAUGAUGGUGCACGACUCUGGUGGUACUUUGGCUGCUACUUCUGUCUGCCAACGCUGUUCACCAUCUGCAGCUCGCUCCUCACGGCUCGCAAGAUCCGCCACGCCGAGCGGGCCUGCAUCCGCGGCAGCAAGAAACAGAUCCAGCUGGAAAGCCAGAUGAACUGCACUGUGGUGGCGCUGGCCAUUCUCUACGGCUUCUGCAUCAUCCCGGAGAACAUCUGCAACAUCAUCAGCGUUUACAUGGCGGCUAGCGUUCCCAGGAGAGCCCUAGACAUCCUGCAUCUGGUCAGCCAGCUGCUGCUCUUCUGCAAGUCAGCUGUGACACCGGUGCUACUGUUCUUCCUCUGCCAGCCGUUCACCAAAGCCUUCCUGGACUGUUGCUGCUGCUGCUGUGCUGAGUGCAGCUCGCCCAGAGACUCCGGCACCAGCGACACCGAACACGAGUGCAACACCACCGAGCUGGAGCUCUCACCGUUCAGCACAAUCCGCAGGGAGCCGUCCACUUCCACUAGCUAUGCAGCUGCGGGGACACACUGCUGA